AUUUCGGAUCCUUCCCCGUAGCCUCCGAAACCGCUCUCGCAUUUUCCCCAUAAAACCUAACCGCUCUACCCUCUCUCAAAUACUCUCAUCCCCCACCCCCCUCUCUCUCUCUCUCUCUCUCUCUCUCAGAUCUCCGUUUCGAGGAGAUCUCGAGAGAAACCCUAACCCUAAAAUGACAUCGCCCCGCUCGGAAUCCAGCACCAAAAGCAACCGCGUCCUCAUCACCUCGUCGGAGCUCAGCCAGCACAACACCGCCUCCGACCUCUGGAUCUGCGUCCAGGGCAAAGUCUACGAUGUCACUCAUUGGCUCAAAUCUCACCCCGGCGGCGAUCUCCCUCUCCUUAACCUCGCCGGCCAGGACGCCACCGACGCCUUCGUCGCCUACCAUCCCGCCUCCGCCUGGGCCCACCUCGAACGCUUCCACGUGGGCCACCUCUCCGACUACAAAGUCUCUGAGGUCUCCACCGAUUACCGCCGCCUGGUCAACGAGUUCGCGAGGCUCGGCCUCUUCGACCGCAAGGGCCACAGCGCCGCCCUCACCCUCGCUCUGGUUGGGUCGGCCAUGAUUCCGGCCACGUCUGCGGCCUCCAUCCGCCUCGUGCUCUGUUAUCACUCGUGGGCGGCCCACCUUCUCGCCGGUUUCUUGAUGGGGUAUUCGUGGAUUCAGUCCACUUGGGUCGGCCAUGAUUCCGGCCACUACAACGUGAUGCCAAGCAGGGGGCUGAAUCGUCUGGUUCAGGUUGUUUCAGGCAACUGCAUUGCGGGGAUCAGCAUCGGCUGGUGGAAGAGGAACCACAACGCCCACCACAUAGCUUGCAACAGCCUUGAUUUCGACCCGGACCUGCAGCACAUGCCAUUGUUUGCAGUCUCGUCCAAGUUUUUCAGCUCGCUCACCUCUGUCUACUACGACAGGAAGAUGGUGUUUGAUUCGCUAUCGAGAUUUUUCAUCAGCUACCAGCACUGGACGUAUUAUCCGGUGAUGUGUGUUGCUAGGGUGAACCUCUUUGCUCAGUCGAUCCUCCUCCUCCUCUCGAACAAGGUGAUACCCGGCAGGUGGCAGGAGCUCGUGGGCAUAAGUGUGUUCUGGAUUUGGUACUCUCUGGUUAUCUCUUUCUUACCCAACUGGGGGGAGAGAGUAAUGUUUGUGCUGGCGAGUUUUGCGAUUACGGGGAUCCAGCAUGUUCAAUUUACCCUGAACCAUUUCUCCGGUGACGUUUAUGUUGGGCCCCCGAGGGGGAACGAUUGGUUCGAGAAGCAAACUGCGGGGACCGUGAACAUUACUUGCCCAUGGUGGAUGGAUUGGUUCCACGGAGGAUUGCAGUUCCAGGUUGAGCACCAUUUGUUCCCGAGGUUGCCGAGAUGCAAUUUGAGGAGGGUCUCGCCCAUUGUUCAGCAGUAUUGCAAAAAGCACAAUUUGACUUAUAAAAGCGCGAGCUUUAUCGAUGCUAAUAGGAAGACUUUGGAGGUUUUGAGGAAUGCGGCGAUGCAGGCUAGGGAUUUGGCGAAUCCCAUGCCCAAGAACUUGGUUUGGGAAGCUGUCAACACUCAUGGUUGAUUUAGAUUUUGGAUUGAAGAUCUGAGGUCCAAUCCUUUUCUUUAUAUAUGUUUUUUGUUUUCUGAUUUGGGCAUUCUUUUUGCUAUGUUAGAUUCUUGAUGUGCGAAAGAAAUGCGUAGCUGUUUCAUUAUGUAAGUUGAAUCUGAUAGCAAUGUUCACUGUUUUGCUCAGAUAUCUGGUAUCUAUCUAUCUACUAUUUGCUUUUGCUUGCA